CUGUCACUCUAGUAACCCUGGAAAGCAUGUUAAAUGCUGAGGUUCAGUGUGGUGACUUUCCUCAUCUGUUGGUGUAUGGACCAUCAGGAGCUGGAAAAAAGACAAGGAUAAUGUGUUUAUUAAGGGAAUUAUAUGGUCCAGGAGUGGAAAAACUGAGGAUUGAGCAUCAGAGUAUAACAGCGCCUUCUAAAAAGAAAAUUGAAAUUAGCACCAUUGCAAGUAAUUAUCACCUUGAAGUUAACCCAAGUGAUGCAGGAAACAACGACCGUGUAGUAAUUCAGGAACUCUUGAAGACAGUAGCACAGUCCCAGCAGCUUGAGACAAGUACUCAACGAGAUUUUAAAGUGGUGCUGUUAACAGAAGUUGACAAACUCACUAAAGAUGCUCAGCACGCUUUGCGAAGAACAAUGGAGAAGUACAUGGCAACCUGCAGAUUGAUCCUGUGCUGCAACUCCAUGUCAAAAAUUAUAGGACCCAUUCAAAGCAGAUGCCUGGCUGUACGAGUGCCUGCUCCCAGCAUUGAAGAUAUCUGCCAUGUCUUGACCAGUGUGUGUAAGAAGGAAGGCCUGACUCUUCCUCCGGAACUGGCUCAAAGGAUUGCAGAGAAAUCUGGCAGGAAUCUUCGGAAAGCACUACUUAUGUGUGAGUCCUGCAGAGUACAACAGUAUCCUUUUACUCCUGAUCAGGACAUUCCUGAGAUGGACUGGGAGGUUUAUUUGAGAGAAACUGCAAAUGCCAUUGUUGGCCAGCAGACACCACAAAGGCUUUUAGAGGUCCGUGGACGGCUUUAUGAGCUCCUGACACACUGCAUUCCUCCUGAGAUUAUAAUGAAGGGCCUCCUGACAGAACUUCUGAAUAACUGUGACGGACAGCUGAAAGCAGACGUUGCACAGAUGGCAGCGUUCUAUGAGCACCGCCUGCAACUGGGCAGCAAAGCCAUUUAUCAUCUGGAAGCAUUUGUUGCAAAGUUCAUGGCAAUUUACAAGAAGUUCAUGGAGGAUGGGCUAGAUGACAUGAUGUUCUGACUCUUAAGCCCAAAGUCGUACAUAAAAUGUUGU